AUGAGUGAAGAGAUUGCUAAGUCGAAGAUGUGUUGUCCAUGCCGUGUCAUUGAAGCGCGAGUGAAAGAAUUGGAAGCAUAUUUGAAGAGCUGUGAAGUGGGUGACAUCGGAGUUCAUGAUGAGGUUGUCAACAAGCAACUGGUGAACUUUAGUGAAAAGAUGCUUUGUGUGGAACAAGAGUUUCAAAACUUUAAGCAAGAGCAUGAAGGGGUGAAAUCUUGGGUUAAUUCUAUUGAGAAUUUGUUUGAAUUGCUUAAUGUGACUAGGGAUGGUGUUAAGAUCUCUAUUGCUAUCCAAGUUGAAUUGUAUGAACUUGUUCAAGGUGACAUGGAUGUUGAGUCUUAUAUUGCUAAGUUUGAGGAGUUGUGCUUGAAUGGUAAUAAUAAUGACUUGAAUGAAGUGUUAGUUAUGAGAUUCUUGAAUGGCUUGAAUUCUUGUUAUAAAGAUGAUGUGUCUGUGACGGGAGAGAAAGAUUUAUAUCGUGCAUAUCAAAGAGUUAUGUUGUUGGAAUUGCGAAAGAAUAGGGCUAUUUGGAAGAAGUGUAAUGAUAAUUUGAGAGAACAAGGUGUUGCUUUGAAAUAUACUCCACAUUGUGUUGAGUCAAACGUAGAUCAUGCCUUUCGUACUAUAGGUGCAAUGGAUUGGGUUGAAAAUUUGAUUGUGGCUAUUGAUGGGGGUAGUAGCACCAAUUGUAUAAGUGAAGAGUUUGUUAGAGUUAAUCACUUGGAGGUAGAUCUUCGCAUUGGGGAUCUUGUUUCGAGUGAGUCGCUUGAUAUUGUACCUAUGACGGCGUGUGACAUUGUCUUGAGUCUACCUUUCAUUAAGAAGUUGGGAAUGGUCAUUGUUGGUUCAUUGAAUGUGUUCUCAUAUCGAGAUCAUGAGAAUAGGUUGGUGGAAUUGAGAUCAUUAUCACCGUGGGAGAAUGAGCAUAUCAUGUUUAAGAGACGUAAAGAUAAGCAAAAGGUGUUCUUGUCAGUUGGUGGUCCAAGGUUGUUUCCGUUUAAGAAUAGAAGAAAGUUUGCUGUGAGGACUUGGACUUCUUUGAAGGAGUAUUCACCAACGCCUUCUAGUGGGAACAAUGAGGUUGAAGGAAAAUCGCUUAAUCAUCAACAAGUGUCUGAGGAGUCAAGUGGUGAUUUCCCUAGCAAGUGGAAUGAUUCAAGUGAUGAAGACUCAAGUGAUGUCCAAGAUAUUGAUGCAAGUGAGUUUGUUCCAAAGAGCAAGCGUCUUGAAGAGAUUGAAGAUACACAUUCAAGUGUGUAG